UAAAGCGCGAACUGGGCACGUGUUUCCUGUGGCGCAGUUUUUAUGUUUAGCAAGUUUGUUUGUAUUUUACACAUUCUUUUUUUUUUACUAAAAAAAAAUGCCUAAACGCUCUUAUCCGUUCAGCGAGACUUUCUCCUCCCAGUAUAAAGUUCAUGUUGGGCAGAAAGAGAUGAGUAACUAUGGCGUGUUCGGACUCCAAUACAAACAAGAGAUUUACGAAAAGACCAAAAACCUGCUCUUCAGUGGAACUAAAGCGGUGAUGAGUCGAAUCUGGAAUGUGGACGGAGAGAAGGGAUCAAAUGUUCAAGUGUCCGAUCCGACCGCUGUACCGUCAUCGGUCUCUGGACAUCAGACGCUCCUCAAAGGACAGACGCUCAUCGGCGCUGAUGGAAGAUUAAAGAAGACGAACGCCGUUUCGGGUCCGGCAGCAGCGACUACAGCGUGUUGUGUAUGUCAGAGGGUUUCCGGUUCGAGGAGUCCGUGUGCGCAGUGCGAGCGUCCUGCGUGUCCUGCAUGCACCCAACAGUGCAACAGCUGCUCCAAUCACUGCUGCUCAUUAUGUGCCGUUACAGAUUACAGCGAGCGUUACGACCGAGUCCUGUGCUUGAACUGCUCGUCCUGAUAUACGCGUGCAUUGAUGGAUGACUGUCGGAGACAUUAUUUUAAUGCAUUACCAAUGAUAUGUAAAUGAGAUUACUAUUUUAUAUACGCUUACAUUGUUUCUUACUCCCCACUUGUGUACUUAAUGACUGUUGAAAUAAAUACUUGAC